AUGACUUUGGCCGGCACAUUCAGGCAUCGACCUUGGCCGCCCUCGACGGCUGUUCCCCCCAAAAUCGAUAAGACAGGUCCUCUUGAAGAAGAGGCAACGCCGUAUUACGACCCUCGAUAUUUCUAUCCAGCUCGUUUGGGGGAAGUUGUCAAUCAAAGGUAUCAGUUAGCGACCAAACUUGGCUUCGGCACCAGCUCGACCGUCUGGUUGGCACGAGACCUUUUCCAGUGGAGAUGGAAUGCUGAGAGAUAUGUUGCAUUGAAAAUCCAUUCAUCCCAUCCUGAGAAGCGAAGUGCUGAGAAUGAGCUAGCCAUCGCGCAAAUUAUCUCUCAGAAAUCGUCGAAUCACGAAGGAAAGCAAUUUUUCCGUGGUCUGCUAGAUGUAUUUCAGCUUCAAAGGCCAAAUAGCACAGAGAGCAGCAAUCUUGGAUUGGUCUAUGAGCCAGUUCGAGAGCCGCUUUGGCUCGUGAAAACAAGAUUUCGGGAUGGCACAAUUCCGGUGCAUAUAUUGAAGAUUUUGCUGCAGGAGAUCCUACAUGGCUUGGAUUUCCUGCAUAGCGACUGCAAAGUCGUUCAUGCCGAUAUCAAAAUCGAUAACAUCAUGGCGAGCUUGGAAGAGCCCGCAAUUGUAGAAAAGAGCGCAAGAGACGAGUAUGAAAAUCCGCUCCCGCAAGCCAUUCGCGAUGAUAGAACCAUCUACCUCUCUCGAAACCAGUUCGGACCGAUUUCAAACCUCCCAAAGGCCCUUGGCCGAAUUGCCAUCACGGACUACGGCUUCUCUGUCCAAGGUGACGGCCCGCACUACGGAGCAAUUCAAGCGGAGUCAUUGCGUGCCCCUGAAGUAAUCUUGGAUGCCGGUUGGACAUACAGUGCUGACAUUUGGAGCUUAGGAGUCAUGCUCUGGGAUCUCUUUGGAAAGCGAUCCUUGUUUCGAGAGCUUUACAUAGAAGCAAACUAUGAUGACAGACUUCAUCUUGCUUGCAUAACGGCGCUACUAGGGCCACCGCCCUCAACUCUACUCCAACGAGGCAAGCGAACGUCCCUGUUUUACGAUUUGAAUGAUCAGCUGCAGUACAAGGGCGACACACCAUCACUCGAUUUCACAUCAUCGAUUGAACCGAUUCCUGACGAUGACAAGGAAAUGUUCAUCAAGUUUGCGAAAAGGUUGCUUACCUGGGAUCCAAAGGAACGGUCUACGGCGAAAGAAUUACUGGGUGAUCCAUUCUUGCAGCACUGA